AGAAAACGCGGCAGCUAAGGUCCUUUGGCCGAGGUGCAGGUACCCUCCUCGGCUCCUCGGUAAACACAGGACGUCGCAGCGGCGCGCGCUCAAACCAUGUCAUCUGCGUCCAGUCGCCACGCGCCCGUCAGGCCGCGCUCCUUUGCCGACCUCGUUCCGGACAAGUGGCAGCCGGGACUGCAAAAGGCUGGAAAGGUGGUUGGGACGCCCACGUGGAUGGAGGAAGUCACAACUCUCUGGAAGGAGCAGCCCGUCUCCGAAGUCGCCAACCGGGCCGUCUUUGAAUUCGUGUCGCACCUGCCGAAUCUCUUUCAGUCGCCGCAGCCGCCACCCCCCUCUCCGCCGCCGCCGCUGCCUCCACCUCCACCGUCAUCGCCGCCGCCGCUGCCGCCCCCGCCGCCUCCACCCCCGAUGCCUCCGCCGCCAUCGUCGCCUCCGCCGCCUCCGCCGCCGCCUCCGCCUCCGCCGCCGUCACCGCCGCCGCCGCUCUCCCCGCCGCUCUCGCCACCGCCGUCUCCGCCACAGCCGCCGCCAACUCCACCACCGCCACCCCCUCCGCCGCCUCCUUCGCCGCCGCCGUUGCCAUUUCCGCCGCCCCCUUCGCCUCCGCCGCCCUCGCCUCCACCCUCGCCCCGCCCGCCCCCCAGCCCUCCGGCAGACUGUUUCUACGAGUGCGGCGAGGCAGGCGGUGUCUGCGAGGACGUGUGUGGUGUCGGAGGCGCGCGACACGGCUCCGCGCCCGCAGUACCUUCGCUCCUCUCUCCCCUUCCUUCCGCCCCCCCCCUCACACGCCCUCCUCGGGAGCAGGCGCCUGCUGCAGGAGCGGCUUCCCCGCCCCCGCCUGCCCGGAGGUCGCCUGCGACGGCUUCCACUGCUGCGUGGACGCCGCGCACCUUCCUCCGCCCUCGCAGCCGCCUCCCGCCUGCGAGUGCCCCAAGAUGUUUCCGGUCUGCUACGCGCCGGACGCGUCCUGCUACCACACCGCCGGGUCCUUCUUCGCGGGCGACCGCCUCGCAGAGGGUGGAGCUCGCCCCUCCGACCUCCCUCCUCCUCUCACCGCUGUCGACUGUGCCUGUGGUGUAGGGGAUACCUGCCGGUGGGAGUGCACCUCCGACUACAUCCCUCCGCCGCCGUGAGCACUCGAGCGGCCUCCUCCCCCCCUCUCUCCCUGCCGGCUCCUCACGCCCCGCUCUUGCGAACAGGCCCUCGACGGGCGGGUGGUGCCUCCCCCCUUUCUGCAGCCACCUGGCCCGCGAACCGGAGGCGGCCCACGCACCCGCCCUCGGCGCGGGGCCGGCGGCGGCGCGGCGGUCGUGGGCCGCUCUCUCCGCCGCUCUGGCGGCGGCGGCGGCGGCGGCGGCGGUGUGGCGGCGGCGCCGGCAGCAGGCCGCCGAUCACGGGCGCGCGCAGCAGCUAAUGUGAGAGCCGAUGCGUGCGCUCGCGGCCCCAUUGCGCCAUAAAAAUUAAAUUCGAGAUGCGCGCGCUCCCGCAUCGCUCAUCGGCUCCCGUGUCCCGUCGGCUCGCUCUCCUCGGCGUGUGUGAUGUCAUGUGUGCGCAUUGUUCACCGUUUCCCUGGGCACACCUGCGCUGUUUGCGUGUGUGAUGAGUGUGCUUGUGAGUUGUGUGUCAGUGACAGUGCGUGUGGUGUGUGUUCUGUGCGUUGUGUGGUGGCUGAGCGCACCCAGCGGGCCGGAUGAUCGGGAUCGGGUUACGGGCAAGAGAGCCCUAGCCCCGGGGGUGCGCGUUCGCAGGGAAAGGGCCGUAAAGU